AUGAAGAUUCCAAAGGUUUUCCCCACACUAGGCGCCACGCUGGGUCUCAUCCUGGCAUUUGUCCGCGCCGACAACCACUUUGUCCAGACCCUUUACUCUACCGAUCCUGCUCCCAUGGUCCACAACGGUAGCAUCUACGUCUUUACCGGCCACGACAAAAAUGGUGCAACGACAUACAACAUGCGCGACAGGCGUCUGUACUCAUCCAAGGACCUCGCCAACUGGCAAGACCACGGAGUCGUAGCAGAUAUGGCCACGUUUAGCUGGGCCAAUGCAAACACCUGGGCUCCUCGGGCACGCAACACGGGCUCCAUGGCCAUUGGUGUUGCGGUUGCAGACAGUAUUACUGGACCUUACAAGGAUGCACUGGGCAAGCCGCUUGUGGAAAACAACGAAAUCGAUCCGACUGUAUUCAUCGACGAUGACGGCCAAGCUUAUCUGUAUUGA